CGUCGGGAGCAGCGGCGCAGCAGCCGGCACCCACCCGGGAGGGGCGGCGACGGCGGCCGGAGCAACCUCGGGAGGCGAGCGCAGCCGCCAUGGCGGAGUUCCCGUCUAAAGUGAGCACGCGAACCAGCAGCCCCGCGCAGGGCGCCGGCGUCUCGGUCUCGGCGCUGCGCCCGGACCUGGGCUUCGUGCGCUCCACCCUCGGGGCGCUCAUGCUGCUGCAGCUGGUGGUAGGGCUGCUGGUGUGGGCCCUGAUUGCCGACACCCCGUACCAUCUGUACCCGGCCUAUGGCUGGGUGAUGUUCGUCGCUGUCUUCCUCUGGCUGGUGACAAUCAUCUUCUUCAUCUUCUACCUGUUUCAGCUGCAUAUGAAGCUGUACAUGGUGCCCUGGCCACUGGUGCUAAUGAUAUUCAACAUGGGCGCCACUGUUCUCUACAUCACGGCUUUCAUCACCUGCUCUGCUGUCGUUGAGCUGACAUCCCUGAAAGGCUCCCGGCCGUAUAACCAACGUGCAGCUGCCUCCUUCUUCUCCUGCUUAGCGAUGAUCGCCUACGGAGUGAGUGCUUUCUUCAGCUUCCAGGCCUGGCGAGGAGUAGGCAGCAAUGCAGCCACCAGUCAGAUGGCCGGGGGCUACGCCUAAACCACCGGUGCCAUGGCCAGUCACAGUGCAGGGUGCCUGCAAACCCAGGCCUGAACCCUGGGUGUGGGGUCUGCCCAGACGGGACCACACUUGCUCCUCUCUGGCUCAUCAGACUCCAGCUCAUCCAACACUCCCCAGGACACAGGGUCCUUCCUCGGGUCUGGUCCAGGUCUGCCAGGCCUGUGGGCCGAACAAGCCCAGCGGCCAGGAACUCUACCCUCUCCCCCUUAUUCAGCAGAAGGUGACGGGGGAUACGGGGAUCUUACUGUCUCUGCUUUGCCUUUUGAGGACUUCUGUGUCAGGGACUGGGGCCCAGCCCUCACCAGCACUAAAUGCACUAACAAGAACUCCAGACCACAGCCCCUGGCCUGCUCUAGAAUAACCUAACAAGCAAUGUGUAUUUAUCUCAGUCUUUGUCUGGAAAACACCGAGCACGGCUCCUUGCCAGCCCUCCCCUAAGCCAACAUGUCACCUGUAGGGCACACCAGUCGGAAGAGGGUCAUGAUUCCUGACAGCUGGUUCCUUUCAGACAUUCCGGGCACACUGGUUAUUUAAAGCCAGUUGGUUUUAAGUGAUUUGGACCCCAUGUUCCUCAUUCUUUUCCAAGCCCUGUUUGUAAUAUUCCCUUUGGGCAAGGCUAAUACGCCGAUCAGGCACCAGGAUGAGGGAGGGAGGGAAUCAAGACCUAGCCAGGUGAGUUGUCAAGUGCUUGGUUGUGACUUCGUGACUUUGUUGUUGUUUUUUUUUUUACAAAAAUAAAGAUGGAAAAACUUAUUUGGAAAAGAUGUUGGUGAU